GUGUGACCAUCACUGGGCGAAUACACAUCCCUAAGAUUAAGAACAACAACGAAAAAACCACCGUAAACUGUUAUUUAUUUGGUUAAAUAAAACACCGAGGAACUUGGAUAGGUAAACCUAUGGGGUACUCAGAAUAAAUCUUGAAUAGUACGAUGGAUUCACCCCAGAAAACCUAGGCAAACUGCAUGCUAGCGGUAUGCAAAAAGUAUGUACCCAUAACGAGGGGGCGUUGAAAUUAUAAACAAAUAAACCCAAUUCGUUCCUGGCUGCAGAAUGUAGAGGAAAUCAAGGUGUGUCCAAUUUGGGAUGAUGAGUGGUUCCCGCGGAUCGAAGGCUUUACGGGAUUCCCGAUGAUUGCGAGGCCCAUCUAAACUAAUCCAAACCAAAGGUGUAUGGGAACUAUCCUAAAAGUAGUAAAACAAAAAACCAAAAAAUCAGAAAAUCAUAAAAUACGUAGAACAGAACAUUAACCCUAGAAGUAAAGCGAAUCGCAGCUGGUGCCGGUGUCCCCCAGGAAGAGGUCCCCAAAAAACAUACAUAGUCACACAAAGUGAAUAAUAACAACAAAAACAAACCAAUGGUACGCAGCCGUCGCAGUGUGUCCAAGGAGGAUGCGGUCUCCCUGCUCACGGACAGCGGCAUCUCGCUAUCCUCGCCGCCGGCGGCGAGGGAAUCUUCUCCAGGCCCUGCCCUAACGAUCAAGCGGCGGAAGAGCAGCCUCGCCAGCCAGCGGGAUGCCUGUACGGAGGUGGAGGAGGAGGACGGUGCCGAGCAGGACUCAAAGGAUUCCGACUACGUGCAACCGCCGCCGAAGAAGUCCGCCCGCAAGGGGGAGUCAGUGAAGCGGAAGCACCAUGUCUGCAGCCACUGCUCCAAGGAGUUCGGCGGCAAGACCGAUCUGCAGCGUCACAUGCUCAUCCACUCGGACGAACGGCCGCACAAAUGCAAGGAUUGCGGCAAGAGCUACCGCCAGGCGGUGAACCUCAAGAACCACAUCACCACCGCCCAUGAGCACCGGAAGCAGUUCUCCUGCUCGCAGUGCCCCAAGACUUUCGCCCUCAAGGAGCGCCUGCGCCUUCAUAUGCGUCUGCACUCGGGCGAGAAGCCGUAUCCGUGCGCCCUAUGUGACAAAAAAUUUGCCCGGGGUGGUCAGCUACAGCAGCACAUGGUUUCGCACCACAAGACGAGCAUCCAGCAGUUCAACUGCACCAGGUGCUCGGCCAGCUUCUCGACCAACGCCAAUCUGCGGGUGCACAUGGAGCGACACGAACAGGGCAUGGAGCACCGGUGCGGAAUCUGUGAGAGCCAGUUUGCCAACGAGCUGGCCCUGCGAGCCCACAUCAACCAGGAGCACCACAAGCUGACGCAGUUCGAGUGCGAGUUCUGCCACAAGACGAUCGAACCAGACGAGGAUCUGGCCACGCACAUGCAGAAACACGCAGCCGUGAAGACGCACGUGUGCGAGGUGUGCAACACGUAUUUCACCCAGAAGAGCCAGUACAAUGUCCACAUGCGGAUGCACACGGGCGAACGGCCCUACCAGUGUAGAAUUUGCCACCAGACCUUUGCCCAUUCGAGCGUACUAAAGCUGCACAUCCGCAAGCACACGGGCGAAAAACCCUUUCGCUGCCAGCUGUGCGAGGACGAGGUGGCUUUCUCCCAGCUGGCGCAUCUAAAGAACCACAUGAAGAAGAUACACAAACAGCAGAAGCCGUACAUGUGCGAGGGCUGCCACGAGUUUUUCAAGGUCAAGGUUGAACUGCAGGCGCAUGCUGAGCAUUGUGCCAAGUGUCCUGCAGGAGGAGACGAGUCAUCGGGAAGUCAGUCUGAAGAUGUUGUCGUCCUGUCCACCAUUCGAUUCAACAUGGCCGUGGUACUGAAGAAGAUUAGCUCGGCCCAGAAGCUGCGCCAGUUGGGUUACGAGAAGCGUCUGAUCGACAAUGUGAUCAUUGCAUCCCUAAAGCUGGCUCAGCGAACCACGCACGAUGACGCCAAGCUGACGCCUUUGGCCAGACUGCGGCUGAAUGUGGAGGAGUUCCUCAAGUGGAUUGUGCCUGCACCUACAAUGAAGAAAUUCAACGAAGAACUGCUGUCCAUCGACACGAUUCUCGACAAGAUUGCCACCAUGUAUAUGAAGCAGAAGUAGAAUUCAGGAGUUGCUAGCCAACGCAAAAUGCAAUUGUGCCAUAGAAGAGGAUUUGUAGAACUAGUUCUUGCCAUUUAGUUUAGUGUUUAGUUACCCAAAGUUGCAGAACGAAACCCAACCAAAUAAUUUAACCCAAAGAAACAUACUUUGUAGUACUGAUCAUUUUGAUGACUUACCUUACUUUAGUCCAUAUUUUGCUGCUACCAAAAAGAAAGUUAUAUAAAAAAUGAAUGUGUUAGUUUGUAUAUCUCAAUUUCCUAUUGAAGGAGUUUAGACUUAAGAACGAAUUUCGAUGCAAUAAUUUAUAUAAUAAUAAGUUUAACACGAUCGGAUUAAGCCCCACAAAUAUGUUAUUUAUAUUAAGUCUUGCCAGAGCAAAAGAAUUAUCUAUCAGCUCAAGUAUAAUUUAAAUCAAUGUGGCCAUGCAUAUUAACGAAUAAGCUUAAUGCAUUUAGUUGCCGUUUGUCUUUCCUAACCUUUUUUCCUUUGGCUUACUCGAAAAUGUACAAGAAAAUGUGUAAAGAGUGCAAAUCCAAAGUGUACAACCAAAUAAAUGAAAUGUAAAUCAAAAUACGCACCUCAAGUAAUGGAAUAAAUUAAAACCCAUAAACAACUA